AGAGAGAGUUUGUACCCCGAGUAACCAAAUCCUCACAGCGCACAACCGCUGGAGCACAGCUGUGCGAACUUCGAGGGUUUCCCCGUGUCUCUGCUGCGAGAACAUGCUGAGGAAGACGAACAUUUCUCCGAUACGUCUAAAACUUUUGCAGUGACUUAAAACUUUUGGCUGCAGCCGCUGUGAGGAGACUUAAGUGACUCUAAAUCAUUCUGUGGAUCGUCCUCUUUCAACAAGAACUGAAACUUCCUGCCAUUCCUGGAAUUCUCCACAUCCUCAAUCCGUCAGUCAUGGGCAGUAAGACACUUCCAGCACCAGUGCCCCUUCAUCCCUCUCUGCAGCUGGCAAACUAUUCCUUCCUUCAAACCUCGAACGGGCUGCAUCUGCCUGCCGACCACAUGCCCAGCAUCUACAGUUUCAGCGCCCUCCACGCUGUCCACCUGCACCAGUGGACUCUGGGCUACCCGCCUUUCACUCUGCCACGCUGUACCAUCUCGAAGCUGCCCGGCCUGGUGGACGCCCGCUUUCCGCUACCCUCGAUUCCUCUGUUCCCCCACCUCAUGCAGCCCACCAAGCAGGAUUCCCCCGGGCCAGGCUCCGGAGCAUCUGCAAAGAACAAACCCCGUUUUGACUUUGCCAACCUGGCAGCGGCCGCCACGCAGGAUGACGCCCUGAAGGCAGAAGAUCUGAGCACUAACGGCGGCCACAUGCGUUCACCCUCGUUAGGGUGCCUGCUGGAUGUGGCCAAGCUCUCGUCGCCAGAAAGAAAGCCCAGCCGAGGACGACUGCCAUCCAAGACGAAAAAGGAAUUUGUGUGCAAGUUCUGCGGCCGCCACUUCACCAAGUCCUAUAACUUGUUGAUCCACGAGCGCACGCACACAGAUGAGCGGCCUUACACUUGCGACAUCUGUCAUAAGGCCUUCAGAAGGCAAGACCACCUAAGAGACCACAGGUACAUCCAUUCCAAAGAGAAGCCGUUUAAAUGCCAAGAGUGCGGAAAGGGUUUCUGUCAGUCCAGAACACUUGCUGUCCACAAAACAUUACACAUGCAGGUCAAAGAGCUUAAACCAGCCAAGAUAAAGUGAGACCAGCUGCCUCCGUCGAUGGGGACAUUAAAACUAAACCUAGUAGUGACACCAGCCAAAGACAUUGUCAUUCCAAAGCCACAGAGACUUGAUGACUGAGGCUCUUUCUGCACAUGGCAUAACACCAAAGAUGGAUUAGACCUGACCGAAGAUCAUCUUGAAGAGCAAUAACUCUACAGCCUACAGCCAUGAUGCCUUAAUGUUUGACUGAUACAACAGAAUGGAGAUCCCGGAUGAGAAGUCACGGACACAGCAGAAGCUACAGCACGGAUUUAAGCAUGUCAGAUUGAUUUAUGUUUAGCAAAAAACCAGGUGAAAUCCGGAAGAAACAACACCAAAGAGAACAGCUACAGUGAGAUGUGAUCUUAAUCUGCUCUGCUCCGUUCUGAAUGAACUAUUUUUGUAAACAGUGAUUUUUAACAGAUAUUCUUGAUGUUGUGUUAAUGAAGGCAAACUCUUCAGAACCUAUGCAGUUAAUGGGAGCCUGGAAGGCUCCACAUUUAAAAAUUCAAAGACUUCUUUAAACUAUGUAAUUCCUCCUUUUGUACAGAUUCCCUUUUGUAUUGUAACUAAUAUUUGGCACUUUAAUCUGAUUAUUGAUUAUUUACAUAUAUCACUGGAUUCCUUAAACUUAUUUUUGAAAAUAAAUAGUCGUUUCCUUAUCAAAAGCUUGUUUUUGGUAGUCAAUGCAGACUCUAACCUAAAUACAAAUACACAACCCCCCCCCCACAAAGUUACACAAAUAAAAUCUUAUAGAGGAAUAGAG